GCCGGCGGCCCGGCGGGCUGUCACGUGACGGCGGCGCCGGGGCGCUGUGCGGCUCCCGGCACGCUUUGCGGCGUGGCGGGCGGGGGGAGGCGUUGGUGAUGGCGACGUACGUGAGCGAGCUGGAGGCGGCCAAGAAGAGCCUGAGCGAGGCGCUGGGCGAGAACGUGAAGCAGUACUGGGCGAACUUGAAGCUGUGGUUCAAGCAGAAGAUCAGCAAGGAGGAGUUCGACCUGGAGGCGCGCAGGCUGCUCACGCAGGACAACGUCCACUCUCACAAUGAUUUCCUCCUGGCUAUCCUUACCCGAUGCCAAAUCCUGGUUUCUGCACCAGAAGGUGCAGGAUCUCUGCCAUGGCCAGGUGGCUCUGCAACUAAACCUGGAAAGCCCAAAGGAAAGAAAAAGAUUUCUUCAGUUCGACAAAAAUUUGAUCAUCGGUUCCAGCCUCAGAAUCCGUUGUCUGGAGCCCAGCAAUUCGUGGCAAAGGAUCCUCAGGAGGACGACGAUUUGAAGCUGUGUUCCCACACUAUGAUGCUUCCUACACGUGGCCAGUUAGAAGGAAGGAUGAUUGUAACUGCAUAUGAGCACGGGCUAGACAAUGUCACCGAGGAAGCAGUGACAGCUGUUGUUUACGCUGUGGAGAACCAUCUCAAGGAUAUUCUGACAUCUGUAAUAUCCAGGAGAAAAGCCUAUCGCAUGAGAGAUGGCCAUUUCAAAUAUGCCUUCGGAAGCAACGUUAACCCUCAGCCAUAUCUGAAGAACAGUGUUGUUGCUUAUAACAAUUUAAUUGAAUGCCCUCCAACCUGUGUGGCACCUUCUGCUGGUCAGAGUCUAGCUCCCCAGCCCCCACCCGAUGAUGCUGAGCAGCAAGCAGCUCUACUGUUAGCGUGCUCUGGAGACACCUUACCAGCUUCUCUCCCUCCGGUGAACAUGUAUGACCUUUUUGAGGCGUUGCAGGUGCACAAAGAAGUUAUUCCUGCACACACUGUCUAUGCUCUAAACAUUGAGAGAAUUGUCAUGAAACUCUGGCAUCCAAACCAUGAGGAGCUACAACAAGAUAAAAUUCAUCGCCAGCGUCUAGCAGCAAAAGAGGGUCUCCUGCUCUGCUAGAGCCAGGAGGCACGUCAGGCCUCAGAUUGCUACACUGCAGUUCCUUGGACUUGACGCUGGGAUGCUUCUUACAAGCCUGUGUCAGCAUUUCAAGGAAGACGUAAGUUAUGAGUCACCUUUUCCUAUGGAAAUAUGACCGAGUUGUGGUAUACACUUUGUCCGCUUAAUCAGAGCGGUGUGCUGUGGAGUGCUUGCAGCAAUCCCACUGAACUGGAAAGGGGAAAUGAGAUUUGUUUGUAAAGACUGUUUUUUAGGAAAAAUAAAUGUGAGGGUGGAAAGAGUUGUUUUUAAAGAAGAUGUAUUUGUGUUUUCACUUGUGAGUGUGUGGAAUCUGUCUCCUCAUCUUCCCCUCUCAGGCAGUUUCCCUUCUGAGCACAGUCUCCAGGGGCUUUGUCCAACUUCUGUUGCAGUUGGUGGGAUGCUUUCCAUUCACUUCCCUGGAAACAGGAUGGACUCUUGGGAAGUGAAGAUAUGUAAUUCUGUAAGGUGACAUUGGAGGUUCCCCUGGUAUAAGAGGAACAAUUAGAAAAUCUGAGAAAACUAGCUAGAAAGGGACCUUUCCUUUUUUGCCUUGUCUUUUGAACUGCUUUGUAUUAUUAAACACAAAGAUGUACACUGGCUAUCAUAGGAAUCUCUCACCAGUUACCAAAAUGUGUGUGUGGGGGAACCCCCCCAGAUUUGUGAGUAAUGUUUUCCUAUCAGCCUGGUCCCUCUCUCUCAUCCCUGUCAGGCAGUAGUUGCGAUCACAUGUUGCAGGAAUUUUCUGGACCUGUGUCAAGAGGCAGUCUCUUUGCCCCAUCAGCACAGCCAACAGUUUGGCCAUCCCAGCAAGCAGCCUGACCAUCCCCAAGGGGGGACAGCAACUCCUACAUACGUACGCUAAAGCCACCAAUUCAAUAUCCUGGUGUUGCAGAGUCUUUGGGUGAAAGAGAAGCAUGUAAAAGAUAUCUUUUAUUACUUAAUCAAAAAAAAUACAGUCCCAUCUGUACAUGGGAGCCAUGCAGAUCUGUGUAUAAAAGGGGGAACUCCACCUGCUUUAUUUUGGGUACUUUACUGUCUUCAUGAGUCAGCUGCGUCCUCCUCAGAUGCUGAAGGGAACAGGCUUAUUAAGCAGUUUUAUAGAAUUCUCAUAUUAUAAGUUAAUUUCUAUAUGACCUGUUUUUAACAACAAAUAUGCAGGUAUCUCCCAAAGGAUGAGAUGGCUUUUUUUUCCUAUUGUGCCAUGGGGUGGGAUCAAGACAGCUUGAAAGGCGAAGCAUAUGGCUCCCCUCCGUCCUGCUUUUCCUCUGUUUGGGAAGUGUUUGGAUGGGAGAGCUGUAAUCUUCCCCCUCUUCCUAUGCAGUUUCCUCUUCCACAUGUGCUGCCCCCCUGUAAGUGAAGAGGGAGCAGGUCCCCUCUAGCUAUCUGUCCUUUUUGUAAUUUCCUUUGAACCACAUGACUAGUGGGUUUUUUGGGGUUUUUUUUUGGUGUUUUUUUUUUUUUUUUUUUUUUUUUGGGGCCAGAGUUGUUGCAAGGGGCUGUGCAGCUGUCACUGUGUUUUUGGUUUUCCUUUACCCUCCUUGAGGGAUGUGCUCUGGAGUGAGGCACAGUGAGAGCCAGGGCCCAUGCAGAUACCGAUGGCUGUCUGUGUGAGAAGAACGUUUUAGGAUUAUGAAGAAGCUGGGGAAGGCGUCAGCGGAGAGCUACCACAGGCCUGGCAGGAUGAGAGCAAUCGUGCACUGGUAGGUCACGUCUCCUGAAAUACGGCAGUGUACGGUUAAGCAGGAGUGGAGCACGAGAGAGGAGACUGAAGAUGUCUUGGUCCCCUUCUCCUAGUUGCCAUUUUUUAUUUAUUUAAGCAUACCUAACUGUCCAGAGUGAGCCAUUAGCUCAGAAUUUGACCCCAGUGGCUUUUACAUGAUGUUUUUUAAAAGCAACGUUGAACCCAGGUAACUGUAUGUGGUGAGAUCAGCAAGUCACCCAAAGUACGUACUCUGGGGCGUGGGAGGGGGAUUUCCCAGAUAAUUGUUAUGCUUCUGGUAUAAAAUGAAAGCACUAAGUUUGUUUGCUAGAAACUUUGGGGCAGCUCUGAGGAUUUCGGGUCUGAGGGAAGCAUGCAGCCUCCGACAGUAUCAGGAGUGAGUUCUGAAACAAAAUACUAAGCACAAGAAGCGCCUUUCUCUUCUGUUUGCAUGUGCUAGGAGGAAGGCUCUGCAGACAGAGCCUUCUGCUCUGGAGAGCUGAGUCAUCAGUUCCACACUGAAGAAAUGGGUUAACCAGGACACCUGCUACACAGCCAAGGCCUGAGUAAGGAAAUCCUGUCAGCCCUAUUUCACAGAUCGGAAAAUGGAGUGGCACAUGUUCUCAAUGCACUUACCCACGAAGUGUGAGAUCUGGUGAGAAGUGGUGCUACUUCUCGAGUAAGUUAGUUGGAAGGGGCAUCUGGAGGUCAUCUUGUCCACCCCCCUUCUCAAAGAAGGGCUAACUUCAAAGUUAGAGCGUGUUACUUAUCUCUGAAGAUGGAUGUGCCACCGCUUCCCUGGUCACUGUUCCAGUGUUUGACUGCCUUUGCAAAGUUUUUCCUUGCUUCUAGCCAGAAUUUUUCAUGUUGUACCUGUGCCUGUUGCCUUUCGAUCUUUUCCUGUGCACAUCAUCUUUGUAAACCCCCAUUUGAGAGCUGCAGACAACAAUAAGAUCUCCCUUUCACCUUCUUUUCAGGCUGAACAAACCUGUCUCUCUCUGCCUUUCCUCCUAUGUUGUGUGCUUCAGCCUUGACCACCUUUGUGGCCUCCACAGCACUUGCUCUGAUACAUUACUGUCCUUGUGCUGGGAGCCCAAACUGGACCCAGCGCUCUGGAUGGCCUCACCAGUACUUGGCAGAGGGGCAGGAGCCCUCCCUUUACCCUGCCGGCUGCACCCUUGCUCGGGAUGUUAACGGCUAUAUUGCUGCCGGGGUGCACUGCUGGCUCCUGGGCAACUUGUGCCCCUGGAUUCCCAGGCCGAAUUCUGCAGAGCUACUUUCUAGCCGGUUGUCCCCAGCCUGUUCUGCUGCAAGGGGUUAUUCCAUCCCAGGGGCAGGACUGGCGAUUUGCCUUUGAACUUCUUAAGGUUUCUCUCAGCCCAUUUCUCCAGCCUGUCUAGAUCGCUCUGAAUAGCAGCCCUGCUCUUCAGUGUGUGAAUCGCUCCUCCUAGUUUGCUGUCAUCUGCAGACUUCCUGCCUGUAUCCUCCAUCCCAUCAUCCAGGUCAUUAAUAAAAUGUUAAACAGCAUCAAACCAGUAUUGACCCCUGAGUGUUGGCCCCACUAUUGAGUGCCACUGGCAUCCAGUAGCCAGCUGGACUCUGAACCCCAAGAGUAGUACUCUUGGAGACCUGCACUGAGAGCAGGGUGAUGGUAUUGAUAUAUAGCCAUACCCCUUGUGUGGGGCUUUCCCCCCACUCUGGGAGAGCAGAGAGGGGAAGGCUCUGGGCAAUCUGCAUUAGGUCAAGGGCUGCUUGAAGUGGUGUGGGAGGUGUGAGCUAGUGUCCUUGAGGGACUUUGCAGUGUCAACUGCCUUGUCUGUGCGUGGAGGCUUUUUGGCUGCCCUAGGGAGUAGGACAGGCAAGAGGGCAAUCUGAAAAUCUAGUGGACUAUGAGAGAAGGAAGAGUUGGUUCUUGUGAGCUGUUGGGCUGAUGGCUUUCACUGCGAUGUGGUGUAUGUGUGUGUUCGCUGCAGUAGUUAGUCCUGUAAAAUGAACAAGACUGCUGAAUUUCAAAAGGGUGGCUCAAAAGAGCGCUUGCUUAAAUUAGGUUUGGAAGUGUCCCUGAAAGAUUCAUCUUCUGCCCCAAGACCCAUCUAGUCCCUUCUCUGCUUCUGGCUCUGUAGCAGACUCGGCUUGACCUAAACUUUUCCUGACGGAUGUCACCUUAAAAGCUAAUGAUGGAAGCUUUCUCAGUUAUCUUAAACAAUCUGUUCUGCUGUUCAGCUGUCUUAUCACUGGACACUUUUCCCAUAGUCUUAAACAAUCUGUUCUGCUGUUCAGCUGUCUUAUCACUGUACACUUUUCCCGUAGUCCUCAGCCUUUCUUUGCAUCAAAGUCUGUUGCUCUAGCUUAGACCUAGAACUUCUUGUCCUGUUCACCACAGAGCACUGUAUGGAGGGAUGGAAGGCAAGAAAUGGCACAUCAUCUGCCACAUCUUCAAUGGCAAGAGUUGCAUCCUACAUGCUUAAUCCAGUAGGAAUCUUGCAAUGUGCUGUAAGUCACCACUCUCCCACUGCAAAUCCUAAGUCCUCAAGAAGCUGCAAACUACCAGCUGCCACAGGAAGAGGGGGGGAAAAAGUGCUUGAGAGCUCCACCUGACUCCCCUUAUGGCCAGAGCUUUGCCUAAUCUUAGGAGGUGGCCAAUGCCUCUGAGAGAGUGGAAAGCAAAAAGAAUCCUGUGUGUUGGGUUUUUUGUUGUUUUGUUUUUUUACAGUUCCAGCUGCCAGACCUGACCUUCAGUCUGACCAAGCCUUUCCAGCUGGAUGCUGAGGAGGGUCCUAGAGGCAUGAACACAUCCCUCUGUAACACCCCAAAUGGCCAAACUCUGAUGCUCCUGAAACUGGUGACCUGCAUCCCUCGUUCUCCAAACCCAUGCUGUGCAUUGACAUAGGGGAAAAACAUCUCUUGUUGCUGCUUCAGAGCAGAAAUCUGAAGCAUGGCACUUGUUAUCGAACAUGCACUGCAAUCCACUGCCUUUUUCUUAGUUUAGCUGUUCCCGUGUCUCCUUCCAGCCUUCAGUCUUCUGCAGCUGAGGUGGGAUUUCAGUUGUCACCUCAGUUAUUACAGUUGUUUGUCUUCCCUAACAGAACAUCUUGCUGCUGUAGAAAGCAGAUUUUUCAGCAGAGAAACUUAACUGGUGACUUUGUGCCGCCUUCCUCGUACUGGGAUGAUCUUUGUGUCUAGGAUACCUCUAGCAGAGAGGAAAAUGAGGAAAUGAGAAUGCUUGCAUUUAAGAAGAAACCACGAACUCUGCAUUUGUGUGUCACUUAACUCUGAACACCAAGGAACCGAAAGCUAGGACUGCGGAAGUGCCCUGCUGUCCAGCAGCGCCAAACUAAACCAAGAAAGGAGACUUUCUCUUGGGCUUCCGGGGGUGGAAGGAAGCAUGUGACAUAUUGCUGCAGUCAGGAGUUGUCAAAGAAAGUCUCCACGAAACAGGGACUCUCUCCUCAGUUCUGAGAAAGCAGCUGCAGAGAGAGGUUUGUGGUGGCUGUUCCCUUUCAGGAACUUGUAGGUGAUGAUGGAUGUGUCUUGCUGGCCUGAAAUGACGUGCAGAAGGGUUUGCAGGCAGCGCUGCAGCAACAGCCUGAUGCCAGCAAGCUUCCCCCCCCAGCAAGAGGCACAGCUCAUGCUGCUGCAGGAGGUGCUUUAGCAGCAUAACUUCAGCUGGCACCUAGAAGGAAAUCACUUCUGAGAGGUUUGUUUGUGGUGUUACCUUUCUACACCAGUGUGGCUACUGGCAUGGUCUGGUUGGCAGGAGGAGAGGAAGAAUUCACCAGCCUGCCUUGCAGUUACUGCAGCAAAAUUCCUCAUGUGCCGCUAUAGAUCAAAAGCAAUCUCUCUCCCUCUCCUUCCCGGCAGGGAGAGGCAGGUUAGAAAAAUUUGUUUUAACUGUUCGCCACAGCCCUGGCAAGAGGUGGGUAAGGUCCUGCUGUGAGCUGCUCCAUGUGCUUCCCAAGAGCUUAUGAAACUGCUGUUGAAUGUCACACCCCUCUGGAGGCUGGAAAGCCAGGCGGUAUCAGGUAAAUGCACCCUUUGCGUCCCUGAGAAGGUCGAUAUUCUCCACGCCCUGAGCAAGCACAAACAUGUGCACCCCAGCAACCACAGGUUUAUGGAAAUGUCCCCUGCUUGGCACCGCUGAGGACUGCUUGCACAGCAGCUGUGAAUUAACAAAGAGCAUGAAGCCAGGCCAUGGACAUUAGUGUCUUCAGCCCUUAGAUAUCUACCUUCCUCAGGUGUAGAGACCUUAGUUCACACUGCAAGUUGAAGCCAGGGCACUUCAGGUUCUUUUAAGACUUUGCAUCUCCUGAGGAAUCCUGUUAAUUGGCAUGGGCAUCCUUAUGGAGACACGGCUUGAGUGAGGGUGUGUAGCAGUGACACAAAUGAGAUGCGGAUUUCUUCUAGGUCAAACUCAGGCUGCAGGCCACCACUAAGCCGCUUCCAUUAUCUGCCUUCAGCCCUGGGAUUGAGUUUGAUUGUGAUCAAAGGUACUAAUCAAAUGCUGAGUUUUCCUUUUUUUCUUCGUAGAUAACAAAAGGCCAAGGCAGGAUCACGUUAUAACUGGGCUUGGACAGAGAGCUUGUAUAAAAGAAACUUUUCACUGAAAAGUGUUUCAUAUAAGUGAAGCUUUUUGUGGUAUUUUCAGUUCAUUUCUUGCCAGGAAAUGAGUUUAUAUGUCCAGAUAACAUCUGGCCGAUGUGGGUUGUAUGGCUGCAGACCAUCCCGAGUCUGAGGAUGCUCAUGUGCAGCACAGGCAAGCCAGACUUGGGCUUUUGUUCUGUCUGAGGGCAGUUUACAUUAGGGCAAAUGGUUAUGCAUUUGAGCAGUAUGAGCUGUUUCUGGUCCUCUGCUUGGGGGGUUCAGCCUCAUGCAAUAGUGGGGCUAUGGUCUGUGAAAGAAUUAUAAACCACUGCUGAUGGAGCAAGUGUCAGUUCAUGGCCCUGUUUCCAGCUCAGGGGCGUGCAUGCAGUGGGGCUGUCCCCAUUGCACAGCCUGUGAGCAGAGCCCUUCGUCGCACGUCUAGCCCUUACUGUCACCCUGAGGGAACCGCUGCCAGGAGCUGGGGUGGACGUCUGGCUGGCAGGGCGCGUGACAGCUCACUCUCUUCCCUCUGGGUUUCGUAACAGGGUAACCACUGGAGGAAUCCUCUCUAAAGAGGUCUCAUCAGAAAGAUUGCAGACAUCAGCUUAACUAUUGUCUCUCUGGGUAUGUGUUGUAAUGGUUGGUUAUCAUUAAAAAGUAUUGUUUCCAUUUGAAUUUCUGAAACUUCAGUUUCCCGUUGGUGGGUUUUGUUAUGUCUUUGAAUUUAAAAGCUCCCAGAAUCAGAUAUCUUGUUCUGUGCAAUGACACAGCCACUUCUGAAACUUCUUUUUGAUAAGAGAGAAGGAGCUGGGUCUGCUUUCAUCUUGCCGGAAGGGCUGCUGUCCUCACCACAGAGCAGUCCAUAACCUCUUUAAACCCUUUGCAGGUUUUUAGACGUUGUUUUGGAGUGCAGGAGCAAUGCUCUUGUACAAGUCCUAGCAGUGGUAUGGGUGGUACAGGUAGGCAAAGGCCCACAUCCCUUAUCCCUCUUAAUGCACAGUCGGAGAUAGUUUGCUAUAGCAUCCCAUCAGGUGCUAUGACUCUGGCCGAGCAGUUUUCCCGAGCAAUUCCUGACAUUGUCAUCAUACCACAGGUAAUUGUAGAAAAUCCUGUUUGCCUUUCAGUUCCAUCUCAGGCUGCACAGUAGCAGUAAAGUCCCUUUAGGGAAUAGCCUUCCACCUAGUUUUGUUUUUAUCUCGGGACUAGAUGUUGGUCUCACAGAUGUUGCAGGCAGGGUUUGGUGUGGAGCCUCAGCAAGGUGGCUGGCUGUGAGCUGUAGGAGGUCAGCCUGAUUCUUUCUUUGAAUUGCAGACAUGAUAUUCAUAUUCUGUUAUUAGGCCAUUUAAAAUGCUGAUGGUAGCAGAUACUCUGUGCUGCUCUAGGGAAAAGCAAAAUUUCAGAUGUUUUCCACUGAGACUUUCAUUUCUCACCAAAAUGCUAUUUUCUCACCAGAAAGUGAUCACAAGGCAACCUAGCCUGCUUUAUUUUCAUUUCUGGCCCCAAAACUCCUAUUCCAAGUUGUCAAAUCUGGUUUUUAUUUCUAAAAUAAAUCCUGAUGCUCUUA